CAGUCUUCUACUCAAUCCUGUUCUUUCUUCUUUUCCACUCUCCUUUCAUCGGUCACUACCAAAGACGAGCUUCCAGCAAAUCCGUUCAAUUCUAUCACUAAAUCGUAUUCGCUACCCAGCCUCAUCCACAGUCUUCCGACAGAACACAAUGCAUUAUCUCAACCUUGCUUUCGCUUCUCUCAUUCUCGCUGUCCAGGGUGCUCCUUCGGCGGCGCCAGGAACUUCUGCCCUCGAGGCCCGCGAUGGCUCUUCAUUGACUCUGUUCGCAGGCAACUGCGCCGGCGAUCCAGUGAGAGGAAUUGUGAGCUCACAAGACAUCAAAUCGGGAUGCUACCCGGUUACAAAAUUCAACUCGUUCGUAGCAGACGGAGCUUAUUGGGGAUGGAAGGUCUAUUCUGACCCCUAUUGCCUUACACUUGCCCAAGUUGCCCCAGCAGGUUUUUGCUUUGCUAUCCUAGGCGAGGGAGCAUUGUCCAUCUCUUACGGUUAAAUCACUUCAAGCUAUUGGUUUAGAUUCAAUGUGUAGCAGUUUCCCCGACGCUCAACUGUCCGCAUUUUUCUGAGGGGUGGGGGUUUGGAUUUCUUCAUGUACUUGUAUUUUACUUCGGUG